CAAAUUCAAAGGCACUCAUGGGGGAUUUAUGACACAGGAAAAGACAAAAAUCUGCCAGCAACAAUCAGACAUGAUGCACACAUUGUAGAAAUUUUUUUUACAAUCUGAUGAAGAACAAUGCAGGAUGAAAAAUACAUUCCUGCUUGUCAUCGCCUUCUCAGGAGUUUAUGUUCUGUCUACAAACCUUUUUCGAGAGUACCACUAUGUGAACAGCCCACAGACAUGGGUUGAAGCUCAGCAGUACUGCAGAGAGGUGUACGGUGACCUGGCCACCAUAGACAGCCCAGAACAAAAUGACAGGUUGCUCCUUGCCCUGUCGGAACCUGGAAAGUUUGCUUGGAUUGGGCUUUAUGAUAACACAACGGGCUGGAAAUGGACUAUGGGAGCUGAUGACUUGGCCAGCACAAACGGUUUCUCACCCUGGCAACCAAAUCAGCCUGACAACAAAGACGGCAAGCAGAGCUGCAUAGUUAUGAACUUGACAGGGGGCUGGCGGGAUGAAAUCUGUGACACAGAGCGCCCUUUUAUCUGCUUUGAUGAACAAGACGCUUCUAAAUACAUCGUAGUGCAAACAGUCAUGUUUUGGAAAGAUGCUAAGAACUACUGUCGGUCCAAACACACAGACCUGGUCAGAGUAUGGAACAUGACUAUAAACGAAAAAAUCCACCCACUGAUUGAAACGAACCACUGGAUCGGCCUUUACAGAGACCUCUGGGCUAACUGGUCUGACAGCAGCCCGGUGACCUUCAAAAACUGGGGGCUGGGCCAGCCUGACAACAGUGGUGGCACCAGCAUGACUUCCUGUGCUGCAGUUGAAACAGCCACAGGAACAUGGUGGGAUGUUGACUGUAGUGAAAAGCAUGAGUUUAUUUGUCAGACUCUGAUCCCAUCGAAGAGGAGGUUAAAGCUGCGCUUCCAGUCUGAGGCCGACCUGACUGACCCCCACAUCCAGCAGCAGAUUUUAGACCAGCUGCAGACUAAACUUGAGACUGGUGGAUUAACAGACUUCAAGCUUCGUUGGAUUGAGAAAGAUGGACAGAUUUUUCAAAAGAAAACGUUGAAAAAUACCUGAAGAAACAUUAGGCUUUUGCAAAUGUAUGCCUAGUAGCACAUCGGUGUCAAGCUGUUAUUUCAGCAGCAUUUGUCACAGUCAUCAAGGACAGUUUUACUUUUCUUUGAUUUUUUUGCUAAGAUACAUUAAUUUUACAGAAAAAAGAUACAAAGCCUUUUUGUUGUAGAUGUAUUUUUCCCCCUCCAAAUGUCCAUGCUUCAUCAUCCAUAUAGUUUGAUUUAUUCUUUAUCUAAUGUUUUUGUGUUAUACAAAAGCUCUGUAAAUUAUUUUAGCUACUUUAAACUUUAAAGGAUAGUUUAAGUACCUUUAAACUUACUUUAAACUAAAAUUCUACUACAGUUAAUUUUUGUUUUCUUAAAUUCAACAGCUUGAUUUAGUUAAAAAGAAAAUAGAUAUUCCUGUCUGUGAUCCAAUGGCAUGCUGGUAUGGCUUGAAUUAUUGUUUAUCCUCAAACACAAAAUGUUUGAUAAGUGCUUGUUCAAUAAUUGGAAACAUUUGUAAUUAUUCAUCAUAAUCUAAAACUGUAUUAAAUUAUCUG